AAUAUCAACCCACUUGCGUCCUUUUUCCUCUUUUCCUUCAUCCCCAUCGUCUCCCACUCUGACACUCCCCACAUCCAUUGGAAGAACCACCGUCGCCUCUCAUCGCAUUCACCCUAUUGUUGAUGGACUAUUGUCUUUCCAGAAGCACAGUUCUCUUCCCACACCUGCAAAUCACUUCUUCGUAUCAUGCUCACGACUGUUUCCCGCGAUCAACGACUCUCGCUUCUUCGAAAUCGCGAUCAUCUUCCUUGGUGGUCGUAGCCAGCGCCGAGGCCAUCAGCAGCCUCAACACGCCGCUCGAGCCGCGCUCCCUGCCGGGGAAGUUUCUCAGCGGCGUGCUGCAGAACCAGCGCCAGCUUUUCCACGUUGCGGUGGCCGAGCAGUUGCGUGACCUGGCGGAUGAUCGGGAUGCUGCGCUUGCUCGCAUGAAUCUCAGCUAUGGUUCCUCUUCUUCUUCGGAGUCCUGUCUUCACAGGAGGAUUGCAGAACUGAAAGAGCGUGAGUGCCAAAUUGCUGUUGAGGACGUCAUGUAUUUGCUAAUAUUUUACAAGUUCUCUGAGAUCAGAGUCCAUUUGGUCCCAAGGCUCUCUAGAUGCAUUUACAAUGGCAGACUAGAGAUAUGGCCUGCAAGGGACUGGGCGCUCGAGUGCAUUCAUAACUUUGAAGUACUAGAAAUGAUAAAGGAACAUCUCACCACUGUCCUUGGCUGGAAACCAAAAUCUAAUGUCACCGAAAAUUGGGCCACAACCCAGAUCAGACGGUUCCAGCUUGGCCAAAUCUAUGCUGCUUCAAUCUUGUACGGGUACUUUCUGAAGUCUGCCUCCUUGCGGCACCACUUGGAAAUGAGUCUUGUUCAUACCCACCAUGAUCUUCCUUCAAGCACUGUUUCAGGGUUCUGGUCCUAUGGAUUGAAGGAUCUUUUCCUCGGUCCCAAUUGCAGUUCACAGCCCACAUCACUGGGAGAAGCCUCAAGUAGGCAGGAGGAAAAAGAGGAAAAAAAACUAAGGUGUUAUGUCAUGGGCUUUGACCCAGACACACUGCAGAGAUGUGCAAAGCUGAAAAGCAAGGAGGCUGUGAAUCUGGUGGAGAAGCAUAGCUGUGCCCUAUUUGGGGACGAGAAGACAGGUUUGCUGGAAACGGAUGAUGUGAUCUCAACCUCGUUUUCAAGCAUGAAGAGGUUGGUUUUGGAGGCUGUUGCAUUUGGAUCUUUUCUUUGGGACACUGAAGAAUACGUGGGCAGUGUGUAUAAUCUGAAGGAGAACUGAUUUAGAGGAAAGAGCGUUAAAUUUGAUAAUAAAUGUAUGUGUGAUGAUCGAGUGGAAGUCUAUUUUUGUAUAUAUAAGAGGAGUUUCUUUGCUUUUGACUCUGCUUUGCAAGCCUUGGAUGAUUUCCAACCAUAGUAGAAAUAAUGUACAGAAAGCUUUAAUGGUAAAUUGGUGACUGCUCUCUCUCUUUCUCAGAAUUUUGUAAAGCUUCUUUUAGACAUGGAAACUGUUUUACAGUCUUGUGUUAAUGCAAAAAUAGGUUUUGAAUC